UUCUCUUUCCUUCAACCAUACUUCUCUUUAUAAAUAUCACUCUGCACUUUCUUAAAUUUUAACACCAAAACCAUUACUACCUCUCUAGAACUUCAUAACAAACACUUUUCUUCAAUUCCAUCUUUCACUAUCAAAACCUUUUCCAACAUAAAUAUGUUUACAACUAACAACUCUUCCUCCAGCAUGUCAUUACCAAAUCUAGAUGUCUCUCAUGACAUGUCAGUUUUCGACGAAGAAGUGCGGUUAGCUGCGAGUACACCGAAGAAGCGUGCAGGGAGGAAGAAGUUCAAGGAGACUCGCCACCCGGUGUAUAGGGGUGUGAGGAAGAGAAACUUAGAUAAAUGGGUCUGUGAAAUGAGAGAGCCUAAUAAGAAAACUAAGAUUUGGCUAGGAACAUUUCCAACCGCUGAGAUGGCUGCCCGAGCACACGAUGUUGCAGCAAUGGCUUUGAGGGGCCGCUACGCCUGUCUCAAUUUCGCAGACUCAACGUGGCGGCUCCCUAAGCCAGCCAGUACUGAGGCAAAAGAUAUACAAAAGGCGGCUGCAGAAGCUGCCGAGGCUUUCAGACCAGACCAGAUUUUACCGGUCAAUAAUGUUGAUGGGACUUUAACGGUCAAUGACAAUGACGCGGCGGUAGCUCCCGCUGCCACCGAAGAGCAGAAUAUGUUUUCUAUGGAAGUGGAAGAAGAGGGAGCGAUGAACAUGCCAGAUAUGUGGAGGAAUAUGGCAUUAAUGUCCCCUACACAUAGCUUUGAGUAUGAGUAUGAAGAUAUUCAUGUACAAGACUUUCAAGAUGAAGAUGAAGAGGUAUCACUAUGGACUUAUUAAUAUUUUAUUUUCUUUUAGAUGAAUGGAAUUUUUUAAUCUGAUGUGUUUGGUUUAUAUUUAUUUAUUUUUGGAUUGUCUUACAUUAGGUAAUUAAGAUAAGUGUGUUUGUGCUUAUUCUUCUCUUCUCUUUUGUAGGAUUUUAAAAUAUGGUUUGUAACCAUAAUUUUGGUGGUGGUGACAUUAAAUUUGUUAAUGUCUCUGCAAUUUGUAUGCUCAGCAGUUUCAUUCUGAACGGUGGUCUGUCUGACAUCAGACGCUCGAUCCAGACUUAGGAAUGCCUGAUCUUGGUGUAUGCCCAAUGUCGAACACGACUAUAUUGUCACAUUCACUUCUGAUCUGCGGAGGUCUAGAGUUUCAAUCUUUUAUUUUUGAGGAUUACACGUAUUCUUUCAGACAAGGAUGAGACCUUUCAUCAAGAGGAGUUAACUAAAUAGACAUACCAAACACGUCCGACGUUGGCCGUUUUUGCCUUUGGUUCUUUCGAAAGGGAAAUGUUUUCUUGUCUAACCGUCUUUGGAAAGAAAGUUAAGUGUUUUAGGAACGUGUCAACGCUAUUACUAUCGAGUGGGACUGAUAUUGCAAGAAGCUCACCAGGACGGCUGGUUUGCUGAAAGAGAUAGGGCCGAAGUGCAGAACUUUAGAUACCUUCACUUAUUGGAUGAGAGGGUGCAAUCACUAGUGUAAGAGAUGAAGGAGAAAUAUGAAGCUCUAAUAUUCACUCGAUCAAUGAUAUCUAGCAAUGAGGCCAUUCUUGGAAAGGUGAACCACAAACUGAAAUCUUCUCGCCUGAAAGUGAUGAAUUUGGAGUUGUUUUUAAGCUAGGCUUGAAAAGGUUAUAAGGAAGCUGAGGACGGUAUUCAGGAGAUGCCUCAUGAGAACCCUGAGCUAUCCAAUUAGUAUGCAAAGUCAGUGGAACAUAUAUCCUCUAUUAUGCAUGUCUCUUUUGAAAAUGCCAUGCAACAGGUGGAAUUCCUCCAUCACUGGGUGCAUAUUUCAAGAGAACAAAUUCGUCCUGAUCUAGAGAUGGUGGAUGAAAAUUCGGUCUUUGUCCAUAACGAGCUUGAUCUAGAGAACAAACAACACAUAAGUGCAGUCAACUUCAUCCUUGAGAGCGACGAUGGGAUCGUACUAGAAGUAUAUAUGCAAUUCAACUUCUCCACCAUAAACAACUAAGAUGAAUAAGAAUCCUUCAUCGCCGG